AUGGCAAACGAUUACGAACAAGCUGUAAUGUUUGCUAUGCUUAACGUUGAGAGACUCGGAGCUCAAAAUGUUAGACAACCGUUUKGGGUUAAGGUAAAUCCAUUCUUAGCAUUGUCGGAUACAGCAUUUGUCAAAGCUUAUAGGUUGAGUAAAAACUUGACAAAUUAUUUAAUCGAGUUAGUCACUCCAUUUAUAGAACCACCAAAGCGUUUGUCGUCGUUGAGUGUUCAAGAUAAGGUUUUAAUCGCAUUGCAAUUUUUUGGAACUGGGUCUUAUCAAUUACCUACUGGAAAUAGUAGAUAUAGUGCUGUAUCUCAGCCUACUGUAUCACGCAGCAUUAGUGAAGUAACUAAUGCACUUAAUCGACCAACUAUUUUUAAUAGUUGGGUCAAAUUUCSUAAAAAUAUCGAAGAAUUAAGAAAGUUACGAAAUGAAUUUUAUAUGAAAACAGGAUUUCCUGGAGUAUGUGGGUGCAUAGAUUGCACUCAUAUUGCUAUUGUAGCUCCAUCAGGAAAUCUAGGAGCAGAAAAUAAUUAUCCUGAACAUAUUUAUAAAAUUGUAUUGGAUCUAAAUGAAGGAUGGUAUAUAUUAUAUAUAGGUGAUUCUGGGUAUGCACUUAGACCAUGGCUAUUAAUAYCAUUCCAAAAUCCAGUAAAUGAAGAAGAAGAACUCUAUAACACCAAACAAAUGCGGGCUAGGAGUUUAAUAGAAAGGUGCAAUGGAUUAUUAAAGAUGAGAUUUAGGUGCUUAUUGAAACACAGAGUGCUCCAUUAUGCACCUGAAAAAGCUACAGCAAUAAUAAAUGCAUGUGUGGUACUGCAUAAUAUGUGCAUAACAUAUAAUGAACCUGACCCUGAACAUUUGAAUGAUGGGGUAGAAAUAGAUUUUGGCAUGUACAGACUGACAAUGGAAUGCCCCAGAUAA